AUGAUGUCUCACGCCGAGUGCAGUCCUCCCCGACACACAUCCACGCCAAUUCAAGUCGCAUUCGAGGUCGCACCGACUGUGCCUUUCGUCACCAUGGGCGACACCUUCAAUCUCCCCCUGCGCCCCCACCUGGAGAAAGGGGACCACCACGAUACCCUUCCCGCCGAGAUCUCGCAGAUCAACCAGCAGUGGGGCUCCUUUCGCGAUGUGAACGAAGAGGUCUUGCUGGCCAAGAUGGCGGAGGAGGAUGCAGCGGGUGGAGCUGUGGAAUCGAUCGAAGAAGAGGACGAGAACGAAAUGACCACCACCGAGCGCCUGGAGGAGCUUUACAAGAAGCGCGCGGAGAUGCUGCAGUUCGCCAUGACGGCUCAUACGGAAGCGACUAUGGCUCUCGAUUUUGUCUCGCUGCUGUUGUCGAAGUGGGCGCCGCGCCAGGCUGAGUCUUGCAUGUCCCCAUACCUCAAACACGCCGUGCCAUUGGGAUCGAUCGACGUCGACAUCGUGAACCCGCCCCCUCUACUCGACUCCGUUGCGCAAAAUAGCAAGGCUGUAUCGAGCGGCUGGAGGCUUUACAACUUCAACUUUGCCAGCAAGAAACUGCUGAGUGCGGCCGGUCGACUUGAAAACGAGGUGGAUAUUGAGGCGAGGUACUGGGACUCGGUGCUGGAAAUUAAGGAACAGGGGUGGAAGAUCUGUCGACAUCCGCGUGAGGGCCAAACCCUGGCUGUGCAGUAUGGAUUUUUGGAAGCUACCCCUGUUUUCCGCAAUCGCGGCCUUGCUACUUUGCGACGGGCCCAUGAUGGCACUUUGAAUUUGUAUAAGGGACUGGUACCCCCGGGCUCGCCCUUUGUCCGUGUGAGCGUGCUCCGAUGUUCGACUGUCACAGGCAGCACGACGCCCCCGGCGUCGUUGUCCGAUACCGCAAAGACCAUUCACCAGCAAAUCCUACACGCGCGCGACUCGGUGUUUGAAGAUGAGUUGUUCUAUGAAUUGCUGCGCGAGGCGAAAUCCAUGAUGGACUGCGGUGUCACGACCCGACACAAUUCGAUCCAAAUUCCUGUUACCGACGAUGUCGAGAUUCUGCUUGAAUUGGUGGAUGCCGAAGAGAGCCUGCGAGAUGAGCCUGAAAAUGCUCAACUCGACACCCAGCUUGCCGAGGGUGUGGCGUACUCUAUGCGCAUUCUGCUUUCAUUUGCCCAUCGCUUGAACCACCGUCGUCGAAUCCGGCCCCCAGCACCUCUGGCUUCCGAGAAACCGCGUACUCCUGAAUAUCACCUUUUCCGACCCUCCCUUGCCUACCUCCAGCACGUCUCGCAGGCCCGCUGCGUGGAAUCAUUCAUUCAUGGCAUUACCGGAGUCAUGCGAUCCUCCGGUUUCCAGCUUCCAGAGUACACUACAGAAAUCCUCGCCAGCCUUAAGAUCAACCAGAACCUACCUCCCAUGACCGAAUUGUCCGCCCUUGAAUCCCUCAUGAUCAACUUCCUCGAGCCGAUCGAAUCAGUGUUCAAGGUGAACUUGCUCACCCCUAACAGUUCUUUUACCAUCAAAAUGCGUACCAACGUACUGGAACCGCCGUAUGGCACUCAUUUCAACGUGACCUACGACCUUCCAGCCAUUCCCGACCUCCGAUCACCGGGCAAUCUGGAGAUGAGACACGAAGUCGAAGCCGCGGUCACCCAUGCUCUCCUCCUGGAUAUUGUGACCAAGGUUUCGUCCAGCAACAAGAAAUCAUCCAACAAUAUGAAGCAAUGGGAAGCAAUCUACCCCCACAUCGGCGAAUUGCGCCUCCCCCUCGACUACGACACAUACAAGAAGAUGCAAAUCUCCCUCUCGCGCGACAACCUCACAAUCUCCACCAACCUCAUCCACAGUCCCGGCGGCCGCGGCUUCGGCGAGGCCUUCCAACGCAAGAAGACAGUUGAAAGCAAGACGUGGACACUGCGUUCUUCCGACAAUCCAAAUGAACAUUCCUCCGCGCUGGACUUUGUCGCGGCGGAGACCGCGUAG